GGAGGUGCAGAAUGCCCAAUGAUGCCAAAAUCCUUUGCAUACUGAAGCUUUGGGUAAGGGGAGUUAAUAGGUAAGAUAGAAAAAAGUACCAUUAUGUCAGAGAUCAUGAAGAUUAAAAUACAAAGUAGUAUCAAUAUAAUGAAUGACAUGUUAAAGCUGUGCUUGCAUGUAUCACAGUAAUAAGAUGCCAAACAAAACAAGACAAGUAGAAAAGUUUGUAUUGUCUUGAUGCCCUGGGAAUGAGAAGGGGCUUAUGUAUCUCCCUGUGAGUAUUAUGCCCUAAAGCUAUACAAAUUCCCGAUUGGCAGAUAACUGCAGUCUGUGAGAACACUGACAUAACAGAGACGGCUCAGCUGAUUUGGUUUAGUUGUUAGCAACUGUGCUAAUCUCAAUGACUCAAGCUGCUUCUGUCUCAGUGGAAAACUACAGCAGGGAAGUGGUAUACCUUGGACCGUUGUCAGAGCCAAACACUUUUUCAAGUGAGACAGCAUGGUGUGCAACCAGUUCGAGAGAUAAUUAGGUCAUAGAGAAUCCAUAGGAGACCACAGACACUUUGUUUCUCACUCUGGCUCUGCUGAUGACAUGUUUGUGUAGAGAUCCUGCGGAGCACCCAGCUGAGAGGAAUACUGAUCAGUUUGCUGUUGCUGUAAGCAACUCUUAGAGGAGGGGGCUUUUUGAUGGAGGGAGAAUUCCUUAAAGGAAACAGCCUUGAGAUGCCCGGUCAGGAUAAUAGUCUGGUGAAGAAGACACAGUUGUUGGAUCGAGGCCAGUGGGCGAACAAGUUGGAAUUUCUGCUGGCUGUAGCAGGAACCCUGGUUGGGCUGGGAAACCUCUGGAGGUUCCCCUAUUUGUGCUACAAAAAUGGGGGAGGUGCAUUUCUGGUUCCCUACGUCUUGUUUCUGCUCUCCUGUGGAAUCCCAAUGUUCCUACUGGAGACGGCCAUGGGGCAGUACACAUCUCAAGGAUGUAUCACCUGCUGGAGGCACUUCUGCCCCUUGGGUGAAGGGAUUGGCUAUGCUACCCAGAUUGUAAUCGCAUAUGCUGCCGUGUCAUACAUCGUCAUCCAGGCGUGGGCCUUCUUCUACCUCUUCUCGUCCUUCAGUGCUGAAGUCCCAUGGGCCAGCUGCAGGAACGCCUGGAAUACAGAGUCUUGUGUUGAAUUUGAUAAAACAAACGCGUCAUCCAAUUGGACAGCAAACGCAACAACGCCUGCAACAGAAUUCUGGGAGAGACGAGUGUUGGGUAUAUCCAAAGGGAUUGAGGAGGUUGGUAGCCUGAGGUGGGAGUUGGCCUUGUGUCUCUUGCUGGCGUGGAUCCUGUGCUACUUCUGUGUUUGGAAAGGAGUGAGAUCCACUGGAAAGGUAGUUUACUUUACUGCCACUUUCCCCUAUGUGAUGCUGGUGGUUCUGUUGGCUCGUGGAAUCACUUUACCAGGAGCUAUCGAUGGUAUAACUUUCUAUCUGUAUCCUGACCCGAAAAGGUUGGUGGACCCUCAAGUUUGGAUAGAUGCAGGUGCACAAGUUCUUUUCUCCUUUGGGAUUUGUCAGGGGACUUUGACAUCUCUGGGCAGUUACAAUCAGUAUAACAAUGACUGCUACAAGGACACGUUUGUUCUGUGUUUGGUGAAUGGCGGGUCAAGCUUUGUGGCAGGGUUUGCAAUCUUUUCGGUUUUGGGCUUUAUGUCCUACGAACAAGGACUGCCAAUAUCUGAAGUGGCUGCUUCUGGACCUGGAUUGGCAUUUAUUGCGUAUCCACGUGCAGUAGCUAUGAUGCCUUUUCCGCAGAUAUGGUCCAUAUGUUUCUUCAUCAUGGUCAUCUUGUUGGGUGCAGAUACACAGUUUGUGAGUCUGGAGUGCCUGAUGACCUCCGUGACCGACAUGUUCCCCACCGUGUUUCGAAGAGCUUAUCGCCGAGAACUGGUGCUGCUUUGUCUCUGCUCUGUUUGCUUCUUUCUCGGCCUCCUUCUCGUCACAGAGGGAGGCUUAUAUUUCCUUCAACUUUUUGACCACUACGUUUGUAGUGGCAACAAUCUUUUCCUUCUUUCAGUGUGUCAGUCGAUAGCAAUCGGAUGGAUAUAUGGCGCAGACCGUCUCUAUGACAACAUUGAAGACAUGGUGGGUUAUCGUCCAUGGCCAAUAAUGAAGUAUUGCUGGCUUUACAUCACCCCCUUUGUUUGUCUGGGUACCUUCAUCUUUUCAGUGGUGAAAUACAAGCCUCUCAAGUUCAACAAAACCUACGUCUACCCGACCUGGGCUUAUGCGUUGGGCUGGUUCCUCGGACUGUUCUGCGUUCUCAUAGUUCCUCUGUGGAUCAUCUUUAAACUUACGCAGAUGAAAGGGACGAUAGGGCAGAACCUCAGGCAGCUUUGUCGCCCUGAAAACAAGACACACAGCACAGCAAAGCAACCGGAGCAAUGCCCUCUGAACCCAGACAACUCUCUUACUCCCGCUGCCAAUGAAUACAAAGCAAGUGGUGCAGCUGAGAUGGAGAUGCAGAUAUUCUGCCGCGACCAUAAGCCUGAAUCUGCUACCAAGAAUCAAGCUGCUUCCGACAGUUCAGUCUGCAUUUUGCUGUGCCGUGUAAGCCCACCACACUCAUCACAUCUCACUGACUGAUGUGAUUUGUUUACGGGUCUUCAAACUCACAGUUUAUUGUAUGGAAAGAGAGUGGAUUCAUUGGGAAGAUUGCACAGAUAUGCUCUGUAAAAUAAUACAACAUUGAGAGUAGAAAUUGCUGUUUUGCUACCUAAGUUCUGAUAUGGCACUGAGGUUGUUGUCCGUUGAUGAAAGAUUGCCCUGCUUAUUAGGUGUUUACCGCCAAGUUUAAAUGCAUAGAGAAGCAAAGUGAGACUGUCGAGCGCUUCCAGGGUUCCAGAAAUAUAAGACCUAUUUAUUUUCUACAUAGGAAAUGUUAGGUGACUGACAACAUGUCCACUUGUUCACACUGGGCAGUCACUCUAACAGGCAUGAAAUUCUGCACAAAAUUCUGUUGCCAGCAAUGCUAAUGGCAGUCUGAAGCUACAGAUUACACCCGGUAGCACACCAUUGAUGCAUUUGUGCCCAAAGAUGAUAUAUUUAGUAAAAGGAAAAAUGCAUCAACAUUUGUUAUGAUCGGUCAAAAGUCUUGACAUUUGGUAUGGACAUACUUUGGGCGAGUAUCUAACAGUACAACUCUGACAGUUUGACAACAUUUUGCUAAAAUUUGGUUUAUUAAAUGUUUUCCAUAUGAAAUAUUUUUUUACGCUAUGUGUGCAUAUCUUUGAUAUUCAACUUGUUAUGAGUUCAUAGAUACCAAAUACUUGAUUGUGCUCCUUGUAGUUUCUGAGAUACAGCCAUUUUCCUAUUAUUAUAUAUCUAGUCUUUUGGUCACAUGGGACGACUGUUUUAUCCUAAAAUUAGGGCUGUCAAAGUUAACACGAUGACAACGCGUUAACGCAAAUUUGUUUUAGUGCCACUAAUUUGUUUAACGCAUUAACGCAACUUGCGAUUUUGAGGUUGUAGUGGGCUCAAUUUUCAA